AUGUUUGGCGGCUACAUUUACACGGGCAUAUGUUUGGGUCCAGCGAGUGGGGUCGGGGAGGCUGUGUACAAGACAUCUUUCUGUCAUGAUGUAAUUGAGUUCCACACGGCAUUGGAGUUGAUACGUACCCAUGAAGAAAGUUCGAUGUGUCAGCCAAUUUUAGGCGAAAUUUGGAAUAAGAUCCAGUCACGACUUCUUCAACUAUUUAUUCAGGCGGCCGUACUCCAAAACAUCGACCGUACCAGAUGCCUUACCUUCGCCAAACUUGCCGGGAUCCACUGCCAUUCCGUACUCGUAAUCCACGCCAGGCACCAGGCUGUCCUCAAGAUACUUGACUGCCUGGGCGUGGACGUACUGGGUCAACUCAGUGACCCAACUGCGGAGGACUGCCUUAACGAUCAAGACACCGCCACGGAGCCUGCGCGGCCUGAAUUGGUUCGGCCUGAAUUGGUUCGGCCUGAAUUGGUUCGGCCUCAGCUUGAUGAGGAGUACCUAGCAAACCUGGUCCUUCCGAUCAAGUCUUCGGUCGCUAGGUCUCCAGUGGGUGCCUGCACCGCCGGAGCUGGAGUCAGCGGCAGUCGGCCGAAAGCUGUGUCCGCGAAUGUGGCUCCGGGCAGCGCAUGUGCGGCGACUGCAGAGAGCAACGUGGGUGCCGGUGUUCGGUGCAAUAGUCCCUCGGUGGUCGGUGUGGGGGAAGCGACGCUGUUGCAGACGGAGAUUGAUUUGCUGACGAACUCCAUUUUGUGCAUGUCCCCGGUGGCCUAUGCCAAAGUCGGUUCGGUCUUAGCGCGUUGUAGCGCAUCAUCCUUUUACAACCUCCUAUGCUUGGUUGAGGCGCAGCCCGAUGGGGUAUUGGGCCAGAUGGAACCAUCGGGAUUGGCUUCGUUAUGCGACCUCGGUCGUCACUGGAUGGAGCAACGUCUAGGCUUGUCGCAGACCUCCGAUUUGCUCGCGGAUCGCUGGGCACCGACGCCCAACAGUCCGGUCGCUGGAUCCGACGCCUCGCCCUGUCCUGGUGCAACGCCAGACACCGGGGUUGCAGCCGGCCCGAGCGCUUCAUCAGGCACUGUUAAUUGCGGCGGUUCAAUAACGGAAACUUGCCACAAGGCAGCAGGCGGUUCUGGGUCUGCAGGUCCGCAGGUUCGCGACCACAGAGGGGAGGAGAUCGGCAUCUGGCCGAGUGCGUUUUGGGCGUGUGUGAAGCUUCGCGAAGUGGGUCACUGCUGUUCGGUCGAUGCCAAGUGGCUGCACGUGGUCACUGCCAUUGUGGGGGACGCCGCCCUGCAGUAUGCGGAAGGUCUGGUGCUGGUCAACGACCUGGUUCCGGUCAGCGGGCCCCGCGUCUACAACCCCUGUUACCUGGACUGGGUAAAAGAGACCAAAGAACUCAUUACCGUCAAGCUCACCCAACUGCAAAUGCGAUCAUUGCUGAGAGUACAUUCUCUCGCUAUACGCGAGAAUCAAGGCGCCAUUAAAGACGUACAAGCGGACAUCGAAGCGUUACUGCUGGCCCACAGACAGGCUGCCUCCACGCUUGACUCACUCAACCACCUUCAAACGCCCUUCAGCCAAAUGGGCAACCAGCUGCAGGCCCUCCAAGAUCAGGUAGGCCAGCUUGCAAAGGUGGAUUGGAACACCAGGUGGAACGAACUGGAGGUGAAGGCUGAGACAACUGUUCAGUCGGCUCUUGAAGACCUCAAGGAUCUGUCGGCGUCGGUGAUGCAGCUGUUGAAACAGAUUGAAAAACACAGAAGUAAACGGUCCCAAUCCGAUCACCGGGAAACUCCUGCUCAAU